GAGGAAGACCGAGCAUGUUGCGUCUGGCCAAUAAUAAGAUCUGCUUGUGAAGCUUGCGUCACAGCCUUACAUCUGCAGACCUCAAAUGUUGCAGCGAGAGGAGCAGAGCAGAGAAAGAGACUAGUGGGGAAAAGUUUGCAAAAGGAACAGGACUAACCUGGACAGCCCUGUAGACUGUUUUUACAUGCCCGAGAAGUCCUUUCUCCUCGUUUGUCACUUCGUAACGAUUGUAUUUCAAAGUUUAUAGACAUAUUUGAGACCGAAACGGAGUGCAACAAUCAUGGAACUGCUUUGUCUCGAGAUGGACACCAUUGUAAGAGCCCGUCCCGACCCGAAUCUUCUGUAUGAUGACAGGGUACUACAGAGCUUGUUGACCAUCGAAGAAAGGUUUCUUCCACAGUGUUCAUAUUUUAAAUGCGUUCAGAAAGACAUUCAGCCUUUUAUGCGGAGGAUGGUGGCAACUUGGAUGUUAGAGGUCUGUGAGGAACAGAAAUGCGAGGAAGAAGUUUUUCCACUGGCUAUGAACUACUUGGACCGAUUUUUAGCAGUGGUACCAACAAGAAAAUGUAACUUGCAAUUGCUAGGUGCAGUGUGCAUGUUUCUUGCGUCUAAAUUGAAAGAGACGCGUCCAUUAACUGCAGAGAAGCUGUGCAUCUACACCGAUAACUCAAUCAGACCGCAGGAACUGCUGGAAUGGGAGCUGGUUGUCUUGGGAAAAUUGAAGUGGAACCUGGCUGCUGUCACUCCAAAUGACUUCAUUGAGCAUAUUAUGAGAAAACUUCCGCUACCCGAGGAUAAGUUGGACCUGAUCCGUAAACAUGUGCAAACUUUCAUUGCCCUAUGUGCAACAGAUUUCAACUUUGCCAUGUCCCCUCCAUCCAUGAUUGCAACAGGCAGCGUGGCGGCAGCUAUCUGUGGCCUGCAGCUCAACAGCACUAACCGUUCGCUGUGGGGAGACAACCUUACAGAGCUGCUCGCCAAGAUUACUAACACAGAAGUUGAUUUGCUAAAGGAAUGCCAGGAGCAGAUUGAAAGAGUGCUGAUGAAUAACCUGAGGGAAGGCCGCAAGCAACAACAGAAACAACAACAGCAAGAACAGGGCGGUCCACACAGCAAAGCACUUGAUGACCAGGACCAGUCCAGCACCCCCACCGAUGUACGAGACAUCAAUUUGUGAGCUCGCUGCAGGAACGCUGCUGUCAGUCUUCGAGAAAAAAAAAACGACAAAAAACAAAAACGACAAAAAACAAACAACCCCAACAAAAAGUGCUUGCUAGUCUUUGUAGAGUUUAUGUUCAUUUUCAUGUAAAAAUGCUCCCGUAUUUUACAAAAAACAAGAAAAAAAAUCAAAGCUAUUUUUAGAUACGAAAAUAGAUAUUUUUAAAACGAUUUGAUACUGAUGCAAAAAGCUCUACGGUGCCUCAGACUCUUAGAAGGGAAGCGUGUAGUAUUUUGCAAACUCUUUUGAUUGUGUAAACAUAAUAAUAUGAUAUUUAAUGCAAACGUGAUAGUGUAAAGGGCUUUUCAAAACAGAGUCUACUGUAUCAGACUGGCAUGAAAGGGUACAAAAGGUGGGGCUAUGUUUUUUUACUGUUUUGUUUUGGAUUUUUUUUUUUUGGUUCAUGUCGAAAUGCCUGAACAAAGAGGUCCCACGAGGUUGUUAAACAGACCCAGUCAUUCACUUGGCUGUGUAAAGUGCAUUAGGACCAGAGAGAGGGAUUAAACCAGAGCAAUGAGACAGAAGCCUUACGCUAAGAAUGCAAGGCUCUUUUGCUAAUACAGAAGAUGGCUUGAGAAUAGACUAUUAUUAAUAUUAAUAUUAUUAUUAUUAUUCCUAUUAAACAAGCAACUUAUUGUCUCAAUGCUAAAGUUACAGACACUUCAAAUAAGCUUUUGUCAAGCUGCUUGUGUGCAUGCAUUUAUGUGUGGUGUAUGUUGGCUCAUGUACAGAGGUGUAGUAUUGGGCACCCUUACGUGAGUCAUAUGAUUUGGGCUUUGUUUAUCAUCUAUCUGCAAGUGUUUGGUGAUAGAGAAUGGCUCAGUGGCGGACACACAUGUAAAGGACUGGGCAGGGGAUAGACAAUGCUUUUGCCUGCUUUGAUGGCCUCCUGUAUCGGUGCCUUAUGUUAAAUGCUUUUAUUUGCUGGCCUGGAAACUGCUUGAGGGCUGAGCCCAACCCAGUGAACACAACAAGAGGAGGCAAGAAAGGGAGUGGCCAGAGACGUCUACGCGCCCUCGUAUCUUCUGAAACAAGAAGAGUUGUUUUAAAAGUUGUGGAUAGUUUAGUGGCAGCCUUCCACUAAAUAUUACAUUUGUAUUGUAUACAGACCAUCUGUUAAGUAUUUUGUUGUGUGUGUGUGUGCGUGCGUGUGUUGAAGGAGCCUUAGGCUGAUUUGUGUUUGCGAAAAGGUUGCUCCCUGUCAGGGACCAAGGGAUGAGCGUAUGUGAAUUCUACAAGCAGUACAGGAAUGUUCAGGCAGGAUUGAUAGAGAACGAUGAUGACGCUUGGUUUGUCGGAUGUGUGAAGCAUGCUGCUGAAAUGAGGAUGCUGAUAUAAAGGAGAAGAAGCAGGAAUGGAGGCCAAAGGAGAACAACAGCUAUGGUUUCCGGAAAUCACCUGAUAUUUAAGAUCUUUAAUCUAUUUGUCUGUUUAUUUGUUUGUCUUUUAGUUUAAUGUCUCAUGUUUGAAUUGCAAACCAGUUUUAUUGAUACUGCCAGCAACUGGGGAAGAUCCCAAAAGCAGAGUACCUUGAAAGCAUAUUUGCCAUGUUAUGGUUAUGGUAAAGGAGUUAUUUUCUUUUUAUUUCUCUUUUUUUUUCUUUUGGGGCUGGUUUCCCAUGUUAAGAUCGUGGCAUGUUCUGUUCAUUAUAGCGUUAAACAUUGACAGCCAACAGCAACGUAUAUGAAAAGACCAAAAAUAAAGACGACAAAAGGAUAGUAGACGUUCAGAUCAAAAUGGAAGUAAAAUGUUUGUUGAUUUGCACGCUUCAAGGUCAGUUUUCUUGAAUUAAGACAUGUGCAACUGUUUUAUAUAGUGCCUUGAGUCUGACUUUCAGACUGAUUUCAAACGGUCAGACCGUUUGCAAAUAAGAUCCACUACCCAGUCAUCCAAAAUACGCUGCUUCCAAAGGUUGAACUGGUAUUGGGUUUGAUAACUUCCACAAGUCAACACACACAGUGGCUAAAAACAGGGUGCGUCAGCAGCACAAAACGGAUUUCAAAUGCUGAAUUUCCAUAGCUUACCUUUUAAAGGGGCAGUCAAGCUUAGGUUUGUGUCCGUGUAUGUAUGUGCGUGUGUUCGUGUGCAUGUCUUUCUGUGGGUAAAGGAGACUACUGUGUGAAGUGUACUUUGUAGGUGUGCUCAUCACAAACCUCCUUUCUCCAGAAAUAGUCUCCAGAAAUAGUUCUUAGUGACACUUGAGUUUCACAAAAAGUCACAUUUCCUUCAUCCUCACGCCUAAACCCCGUCUAUCUCAUUGUAUUAAGUGAGUAUUUUCCCAAGAAAUGAUUUACAGUACUGUUAUUAGAUUGUAUGUGUAAGGGGUAUGAUACUGUAUUCCAAAGUGGUGAGAGAUGAUAAGGGUGUGAAGACAUCAAUCAAGUGUCAAUAUUGUUAUUGAGUUGUUAUUGUUUUUUUCCGCUGCUAAAAAGCUAUGAUUUUUGUUUCAUCUUAUACACAAAAAAAUAACAUUACAUAGUUGUGAUGUCACAUCAGUGUGCUGCUAUUUUAUAAACAAUUGUAUUAUAAUUAUUUUACUGCUUACAGAAUACUUUGAGAAUACAGAAGUAGAGGGUAAAAGAAGAACAUGAAAUGAGUAUUCGACUGGAAAUGCUCUUUGUACAGUGUCCUCUUAUUAAGGCAUGAUUCUUUACCUUUAAAUCCUUUUUUCCUCUUCUUUCUGUGUCACAUUCUGUAAGUGUGGUAUAUCCAUACCUCAGGUUUACUGGACAUGAAAGACUUUCCCAUUACCUCACACACUUCUCAACAGUUUUUCGGGAACCUGGAAAGGACAGCACACAGAAGUCGUACUGUAAUAUUUCUGCUGUGUGUCUGAUGUAGUGAAUCUGGUGAAAUUUGAUUUCAAAUGUUGAUGUUGAUUGCAAGCACAAAAGGUUCCCACAUGGACUUCAAUAAUAGUGGAUGGAGGUGGUAGGGAUUAUAAGACCUUUGUGCACUGUGUUUUUUACUGGUUGAAACCUGCAACGUUUAAAAAAUGUCUUGGGUAUCACCCUGUAUCGAUGGAUGUAAACUUGUUAAUACUGACCAAACUGCAGUGUCAAAAAGCCUCCUUCCUCCACUAUAACCAUAUCGUGUACCUCAGUUAUGUCUGUUGCACAACUCUGUUCAAUAAAUACCUGCUUUAAAGAGUGUGGUGCUAUGUUGGUUCUAUGUUAUUCUUCCCUAUUAUUGAUAUGUAAAAGAGAGGUUGGAAUGAAAACAACAACGUUUUAAAUAAUUGUUUACACACUUGGAAGAUGCUUUUAUCCACGGUGACUUACUUUUACAGUAAUGUACAUUACCUAAGAAUCAAUGGUGAUGCUAGCACCACGCUCUACUGUUUGAGUAAAAGUAUCACGCAAAAUAUGACAGAGAAGGUAAACGCUUUUCUGUUCAAUAGUUUUACCUUCCAGAAUUCUCUGAUAAACACCUGAGACUUGUGGGGAAGAAUAAAGAGGUAACUACGUUGAAUUAGGGAGUGAUGCUAUACUGUAAGAGGGCUUGAAAAUUCUGGAUUUUCUUUUGUUAAACUCAAUAAAUGUAUUAUUGAGAGUAUGAUGGAAGUUAAUGGAGGGGACAUGCUGUAUGCUAAGGUCAAUAAACUUACCAUGAAAGAACA